CUCAGUUGUUGUAACAAGAGGAGUCAGGGAACCAGUUAUCGCAAUUCCCAAUAUUAGUCAGCUCAGCUGCUGAUUUAAGCUUUGUGUUUGUUGUAGGUCGUCAUUGUGUCAGUCCAGUCAGUAAUUUAGCUUUUCCCCAGCUUUAUUGCAAAAAUGAAGUUUCAGUACAAAGAAGAGCACCCCUUUGAGAAAAGGAAAGCCGAGGGCGAGAAAAUUAGGAAGAAGUAUCCAGACAGAGUACCAGUGAUUGUGGAAAAGGCCCCUAAGGCAAGGAUUGGUGAUCUGGACAAGAAGAAGUACUUGGUGCCAUCAGACUUAACCGUUGGCCAGUUCUACUUCUUGAUUCGCAAGCGAGUUCACCUCAGACCGGAAGAUGCACUCUUUUUCUUCGUCAACAAUGUUAUUCCUCCAACCAGUGCCACUAUGGGAUCACUCUACCAGGAGCACCACGAAGAGGAUUUCUUCCUGUACAUUGCGUACAGUGAUGAAAACGUCUACGGCGAUGCCUAAACCCUCUCUGCAAGUUUGUGUUAUCACGUGAGAAAAUUAUCAGUGUUUUGACAGAGAUUUGAUUUCACCAUUGUAAUCAAAUGCAUUUUUUAUAGAAAAUCCCUCUGUAAAAUAUUCUGUUCAUUAAACUAGUUAAUCUCUGUGAUAAUUUUGUUUCUUUUGAAUCAGAUUUUGAUUAUAGUUAGUUUACGAUUAUAUAGUUCUUGUACAGGGAUACAGUAAAAUGCUGUGUUACUCAAUCACAUUUUAGGUUUAGUUUUUGUUUUAUUAUUAACCUUAGUAUUUUACUGUCUUUUAUUUGGCACAUAACUUAGCUUUUAAAUAAAAAAAAAAAAAACGUGUGAUGAUUGUUGUUGCACAUCUUAAAUCAUUUUGGCACAUUAUUUUGUAGGUGUUUAGCUAACAGGUUUUUGGUUCUGGCAAAUUUAUAUUAUUUUAAAGUAUUUCCAAUAAAAUUGUUAAAAAAAGUA